GCUCGGGUCAGGAAGCCAUGGCCUUUUACUGGAAGGGUAACGCACUCUUCACACGAAAGCUACAACUUCCAGAAGACCAAUGCACUUCGGACACCGCCUUCGUUUUAGAUUACCGAAAUACGACGACUACUUUACCAAAUCUAUUAUCCGUCAGCCAGUUCCUAGCUACGAGUUUGACGUUUGUGGCGCUCCAGAAUAUCGAAUUCUGGAUAGACGAUUACAAAAUUCUUCACCUACAAAAGAAGACUAGCCCUAGUGCCGAAGUUGCUCUAUCUAGAGAUGUCGAGACAACCACCAAGGAGCGCCUCAUGAAGGUUCAGAGUGUCGAACGCGCAAGCGCACAGAUUGAUGCGUCUUUCAUGAGUGCUAUCGGAUGGAAACCCGAAGUCCCGACAGCUGCCAAAAGCGAGGCUUAUGGGUUUGGCAGCUCAGAGAUGCCGUCCCUACGGAGUUUCUUUUCUCGACUAACCGCGAACACGUCUACUUCGAAAGCCAGCAAGACUGCAAGAGAAGAAAAGGCCGCGCAAGAGACGAUAUCAGAAGAUAUAACUAUGUUAUCGACAAGUAGCAUAUUUCUCCGAGUGACCACGGCCGCGAUCAAAACAUCCGUUUCUGCUAAUUUCUCGGCGGAGUUGGAGCGCGCCACCAAGAAGCCCCCUCCAAGGGUAACUAAGUUGUCUAUCUUGACGUCUUCGUACGAUGAGACACAGGCUUCGGAGAGUUCUGCAAAAUCUAAGGCUGUCUCUAAAGCUACCGAUGUAUUCGCAUCCGUUCUUCCAAGCAAGAAGGGUGGAAGAAUUUUCAUCGGAUUCCCAACUACCCAAACAACUGGUGCGGGGAUUCAUAUAUCAGCACCGUCCGUUAUCCCCACCGUUGAACGGGAGGCUAUCGAUCUGAAUGCGAGAUGGGUCAGAACAUGGAACAUUGAAAUGCUACGAGCCGCUGGUAUCAUGACUCGUCUUGCGUUUACAAACGAGAUGAUCGAAUUGGAAAAUAAGUUGCAAAGGGCUGGGGUUCUCUCAGGCGCUGGUAUUACCUCGAAGGAAAUUGCCAAAUACAUGCCCGAGGCAUUGCAUACCCUGAAUGCCUUCACUUUCGGGGAUUCUACCCCAAGUGGCCACGUCUCGCAAAUAAUCGAAGAGGCGUUUUGGACAUCUUACAAGAACCCAUAUGUCGAGGUUUACAGUAGUCGAGGCGUACUUCCGACCAAUAAGGUUCGAAUUGGUUCCCCAGAACUGGCAAAAUUUGUCGAAGGAAUCCCGGUGAUUCCGCCUGAACUUGAAGCUAUUGGCUUCAUUCAGAAGUUGACUGACUUCGACCUGCUAUCUCCCAUAACCGUAGAUGAUGUCAGACUGGAGCUGUCUGGGAAACCACUCAAUAAGGAACAACUUAUCAAUUUCAUACAAUGGGCUGGAAAGAAGGCUGUUCAGGGGGAGCUUGAUCCGCCGAGCAAAGACAGGCUUCUCGAUGUUGCGGUAGGACUUGUUAGUGAAGGAGCCGAAGACCAGGGUGGUAUUAUCGCUCUAGGUAGCGUCCAGAACUAUCUGAGUCCGAACAAGAUCCCGGCUGGUUUACCUGUUCCACCCUCGACUAUCCCUUACGAUUUCACCAGGAAUUCGAAUUCGAAUGAGUUGCAAGCACUAGGAUGGACAUCACUUGAUGUUGUCCCUUGGGUUCGAUUUCUCAUUGAGACAAACUCGACAAGACCAGACAGCCAAAACAUGACCAAGUCUCCCGAGUUUUCGAUCCGAAUUUUGACUGUACUCUCAAAAACCUGGGACAACCUUAGUGUGAGCUCGAAAGGGACUGUCACUACACUACUCCAGAGCCAUACUAUCAUGCCAACCAAGUCGGGUAUGAAGAAACCGACGGAGUCCUUUUUCCAGAGUGUAAAGCUUUUUGAUGAUCUUCCAACUAUCGAGGGAUGCUCAUCACUAAAGGACAAAUUCCUCACUGCCAUCGGCGUCAGGAAAACUGUGGACCUAGACACGAUUUUUACACGUUUGCUCAAUCGUUCCACAGAAACUGAGGAUCCCGGACGAGCCAAAUGGAGUCACGUUGAGCUUAUCAAAUAUUUAGCAUCCGUACGACAAGAUAUUCCGAAUGAUGACCUAAGGAAGCUCAAGGAGUCGCGUAUAUGUCCAGCGGAAGCAGGACAGCCUGGUUUAGAAUCAAUUACACCGAGCAAACAGCUGUACAAAGUGUCCGAGCUCUACGAACCUAGAAGCCCUCUUCGGCCACUCAACGUCAAGAUUAUCCAAUGGCCAGGUGGAAGCAUACGGGCUGGAAGUCCCGAAGGAAAGUUUUUGACUGAUCUCGGUUUGCGCGCUUACCCAUCGGUCGUUGAGCUCGUGGGCAUGAUGGCCUCAUCGGAUUCAACAUUAAGGAGUAACGCUAUGAACUACUUCAUCUCUUACCAUCAUAGCAACAACUACGCCAACGUUGAUAUUGGUUCAGCUCCGAAGGCUUUUCUUCCUUUACAAGGAAAUGCUCAGAAGCUUGUUACGCCGUCCCAAUGCUACACAAACGAGGCCGCCGCCAUCUUAGGGUUCAACAUUCUUAAAAGAGAUCUUCAUCCACAUGCCCCUAAAUUCGGCGUACGCGCGGAUCCGCCCAUUGCUGAUUGUGUUGACCGUCUACUAGCCAACCCUCCCAAAACCCACCAAGAAGCCGUCGCUCUCUUUGGUUACUUUUCGACUCGCCUUAACGAAUUGGGUAAUAUCUCGAUCCUAAAACUUCGUGACGCUCUUAUUGUUCCAGUCGUACGGGGAAAUCGGUUGUCUACAUCUCUGGCGUCAACGAGCGCAGGGAGCAAAGUUAAGCAAGAAAUCCACCUAAGUCCUCGUCAUUGCUAUUUAGGUAGCUCGAUACUAUACGGGGAAAUAUUUGACUUCGUGGACUUCGGUAGCUCUGCGAACGCAUUUCUAUCAGCCUGUGGUUCGAAGACUGAGCCGACCAAAUUGGAAAUUGCCCAAUUAGCAGCAAGUGAACCAGCCAGGCUGCUUAGUGUUCUUCAAAGCCCAGAGAAAUACCUGAACCUUCUGAAAACCCUAGCUGAAGACAUGUCAACCCUCAAGAGAGAUAAGGAACUAUGGAAGAAGAUGAAGUCAUCUCCAUUUUUGCUUGCUUUCAAGGAGAUUAGUGCUACUUCCUCUAAGGAUAAGACAUCGGAAAAUGAAGAGGAAGAGAUGUCAAUCAGGCAAUAUCAGCUUGCAACCCCGGCUAGCAUUGUCAUUCUAGACGACUAUAUCAGUUACCGCAUGUUCAAAGAUCACUUAGUAUGUGCACCUGAGGAGGACGUCCUAGAGAACUUUUACAUGGCUCUUGGCUCCCAAACUCUUUCGGUUAUUGUCCAGGUGCAGCUGAAAGUUGGUUCGCACAGUGAAAAGCAGGAUCUUGCAGUUUGGCUCCGAAAACAUGUCCUAGAGCGUUCAAAGCUCUUUAUCCACGAGUAUACCAGAUACUCGCGUGACGCCAUUAAACACGACGCAAAAUGGCUGGAAAAUAACUUGUCUGUGGAAGCUGUGCGAUCCGUUUCUCUCCGAAGAUCACUCCGCGAUAGCCAGUCGCAUACCGAAAAACGGUCAGCGGCAAGUCAAAAAGAGAAGAAUGGCUGGGUUCUGUACGUUGCAGCCGAGUCUGGUCGUCCCGAUAUGUAUCAAGUAGGAUACGCAGUGUGCCAGCUCAUUCUAAAUCGGCCAAGCCAGCAAGCCUAUUUCUUCUUCGAGCCAUUCCUCAAGCUUGAUUUACUCGAUUUGAGAUCUCGUGGAUACAAUGUUGAUCGUAUCCUUAGAGCAAAGGCGGCCGAGGCCAGGAUAGCCGAGGAGGAAAGACGCCAGGCAUUGGACGCUGAGCAAGCCAAGAUCAAGGAACGGGAAGAGGAAUUUAAAAGACACCGCCAAGCUAUGGGUAUGGAAAGGGACCGGCAUAACAAGACCCCGCCGAUGAAAGUGCCUGGUGCAUUUGACUCUCCUGGUGAAGAUGACAAGGCCUUGGCACCACCGCCGUCUCAGAACAAAAAGCCCAAAGGAAUAUUCUCGAACCUUUCUCGAAGAUUCGGUUUCGAUACUUCUGAUGAAGCAGAUGAGAGCUUGAAGAACAUGAUGGGUUCGAACCCUGAACCCGUUAAGCUACCACCGGAUGAAGGGUCCAGGCCUGGUAAGAAUGACGAGGGCAAGGUGACAAACCCCGCCAUAGUUCAACAGAAUCUUCUCAAUGCUGUCAAAUCCACUAGAGCGCAUGACUCUUCGCAGCUUUAUGCUCCUCCGUCUACUAGGGAAGUCAAGGAACAAGCUACGUAUUGUGAUGAUACUAUAGGAAAGGAUCUCUAUUUCGUAGCAGACGCCUCGAACGGAAUGCGUGUAUUCGUGUCCAACAAUAUCCCAGGCUUCAACGCCGCCAAUUUCCUUACAACGAAUCAUAGCGCCAUCAACUCAUUCGCUUCGCUCCUCCUUAUCGUAGGUGCUGUGUACUCGAUUAACAGAUCCGCAAUACACAUCUUUUACGAGCCAGGAGGCAAUACUAUCGCCUUCAAUCGUGAUGGAAGCAUCUUCUGCAAUCUGCGCUUCUAUAACCAACUUCACGGGGAUCACACAUCAGGAGAGGCCAAGGCAUCGGCCGCGGUCUGGUGGUGGGUUGUACUGGCCCACGAAUUGGCCCACAAUCUCGUUCACCCGCAUAAUGCGGAUCACAGCUACUACACUGAAUCGUUCAUCCAGGAGUACUUCCCGAGAAUGAUGAUGAAAGUCACCGAAUUAAUCGGGGCCAGGUCGGUGAUGGCUCCCUCAGGACCCAGUUCAUCGUCUAGACAAAUCGAAGGUCGACCAUUAGCCCCAAACCCGACUAAUCCAUCUGCAUUGUUCGGGGAACCGUCUCGAUUAAUUCAACCGAUGACACCCGAUCCGCCCGCAGCCAGCUCGUCCCGCUCCGCACAGCAGCCGCCGCCUCCUUAUGAACGUUAGAGACAACAUAAUCGGCACGGUCGCCCAGUAGCUAGCGGAACUAGCUUCGGCGGGACAACCCCGAGCUCGAGCUCGAACUUGGCGAACGCGAAUUACAACCCCUACCUGCCCGGGGGCACGCGUAGGGGCUUGACGAGGGGCUUGGUCUUGGACACAGAUCUCCUUCCACCGAGACAGGAGUAGAAACGCCCGACAUGCAUGUCAUUGGGGAGGAAGGAGUUGAUUUACCCUUUUUUUCUCUUCCACGAGGCGUUGGGGUUUAGCAUCAGGUCAGAACUUUGCAUUGCACGGGCUCCAUUCCCAUGGGAAGUUUCACUUUUUUUCGUUUUCCCCGCUGUAUAGUACGUCAGGAUUGCAAUAGACCGUGACAUACGUAUAAUAGAGGUGUGCAAUAAGAACAUGAAAGAUUAAUUAA